AUGGAGGCAGCACAGGCACGAAAUGACAGCCAUGAGCUAUUUAAGAAAGUUAGAAAACUAGCUGGUGAGAAGGAGAAGAUACAGCCAGCAGCCAAGAACAAAGAGGGGGUCCUCAAGACUGUUCCAGGAGAUGUUUUGGAUUGCUGGAAAAAACAUUUCAGCACCCAUCUUAAUACAGAGUUCCCGAGAGACACCAACACACUUCGCAAUAUACAUGUACCCGAACCUCCUCCUACUGAAAACCAGACUUCACCUUUUACCAUAGAAGAGGUUAAAGCUGCGAUCAAGGCUCUAAAGAAUAACAAAGCAACUGGAUUUGAUAACAUAGCAGCUGAAACACUGAAAGCUGGUGGUCCAGCAAUGGCACAGAUCUUGCUGAAGAUCAUCAACACUGCUUUUACACAAGGCAAGACACCAGUUGAGUGGAGCAAAGGCCUUAUUACCCCUGUGCACAAAAAGGGGGAUAAACUUGACCCAGCUAACUACCGAGCCAUAACACUGCUAUCAGUGCCGGCUUAA